AUGGCGCGUCUCCACGCGAAGCGCCGGCGGGCAAAGCAAAAUCAAACUGAACGAUCUGUGAAUUACCUGAACAAUGUGUCAACUAAUCUACAUGACGAAGAUGACGACGAUGAAAACAGCUCUCACGCGGAGAAUAAUGAACCAUCGGAUAAUGAGCUCUCUGUUUCGCAGUCUUCCGCCGGGGAAGACUCCGAUGCAGAAGCUGGACCCUCGUCACAACCUGCCGUUCAAACCAGAAAAUCUAAAUUCGUCGGAGUUGUGGUCAAAAACAAGGUCUUGACUGAUUCGAGCAAUAGAAGGAAGUCACACUCCCACAACCCAGCCACCGGCGUCGGCGGUUUACACCAAGAUGAAGAGGUCCCCGAAAGCGAGGAGUCUGAGGAGUCUGAGGGCUCUGAGGACUCUGUCUCAAGCGAGGACUUAGAAGACUCUGAGGAACUCUCUGAGAAUGAAGAUGUCACCGAGCGGGACUUCGAACGAAAUAAUGCAAAACAAACUGCGUCCCGGCGCCGAGGAAAAAGCACCGAAGAAGCACAUGGAGUGGCCGAGAAUGUGAGCGAAUGGGCGGCUGUAACGCGUCCGAGAACCAGAAUAAUUGAUAGAAUGGAAGAAAGUUCUUCACGGGCAAACGAGUCAUCUAGCCGAAAAAGGAGACGGACAACUGAUGUAAUUGAAAAUGAACCCCAGAGAACACGCAGGCGGCUACAAUUACCAAUACACAGCGACAACAUUGCACCUAGUGGCGCGGGCGAACCCGAAGAGUUUGCACAAUGGGAAGCCAGCAUGGUGGUUGAGACUGCAUCUGCGGAGGAACGGGAGGUGGUGAUCUACGACGAAACAAUAUACGAUGAUGCAACAAAAAUCAUGGGACUGGAAAGGCCCUGGAGGGAUCUGAUGGAUGGUUGCCAGAAGAUCAAAGCUGCCGAGACUAAUGAAACGCAAAGUUUCAAAGGAAUCAAAGACAUUUGUGGUCGUAUACAAGCGUUGGGUGACAUCUACAAAAGGAUUCAGCGAGACCGUGCGACGGGGUCGUUUACAUCCAGAACGUGGGAGCGUGCAGAGCACAGUUUGAAACCGAUUAGCGACGAUGCUGAUAUGCUUCAGCUGAAGAUAAUGAAACGUGCUAAUGAAGCUAAGCACAGUAACGACUUUCGAAUCAGAGCAGAUGCAAACGAAUACGCGGAGCAGAUUUACAAGCACGUCGUAACCGAUUUGAGCGAGCUGGCGUUGGAGUGUCUGAAAGCUUAUUACUCGGAAGAUAAUGAGUGGCUGUUGACCGGUGGCUUCAUAGCUGUUAUGAAUAUUUUGGAUGUUACAGGGAAAAUUAACAAUACGCUUUCAUCAUUAAAAAAACGUGACUUGAUCAACACGACUCGCGAUAUAUCCCGAGUUAUACGAAUUCCCCUACGUGUUAUCUGCGACAGGUUGAUUAGGUGCGAGAUGGAAGAGCGACAGCGAGGGCGAUAG